CCACUGGCCACGCGCAUAUAUACCUCGCUCUCCUUAACACUCAUUCUCCGCCCAGAAUCCGCCCGCUUCAUCUCUUCCAACAUUCCUCACUCAAACCACUUGCAUGGUAUACGUCAACGACAAGAAGUUUGCCUGCGAAUCGUGCAUCAAAGGCCACAGGUCUUCGUCCUGUCAGCACAACGAACGGCCCCUCUUUGAAGUCAAGAAGAAGGGCCGCCCAGUCUCCCAAUGCGAUCGAUGCCGCCAGCUCAGACAGUCAAAGCGCAUGCACUCGCGCUGCUCGUGCAACGAUAGACCUCAAGAAGUAGACAAAGUGCCAAUCCCGACCAUGUCUCGCUCAGAUAAAAAACCAAAGCGUUUCAUGCCCUCUAUUCCGACCCUGCCCAACGGUCUAUCUGACGUCAUUGCCGGCCCUUCCAAUGCAUCCUCGCAGUCAAGACAAAGCGUUGACCGUCUGCUAAAUCCAUGCAACUGCUCAUGCACGCGAGAAUGUCGAUGUGGGGUGUCCGUCGCUAACUCUGCAAUGUCAUCCAUGGAGAGUGUCCCGUCAACGCGUUCUGGUGGACUUGCUGCACUGGCACAUGCGGCAGCGUUGCAGUACCAAGCGGAUCAGGCGAACCCCUUCCUCGAUCCGGGUCCAACCUCCCCGCAACCCAAGUCGGAUGGAAAGCGGUCAUGUUGCCAGCGAAACCAACCGUCACGCUCCCCACCGCCGACCAUCGACCUGCCACCUAUUCACACUGCCCAGACGUUUCUUGGCUCUCCAAACGCACGAAUACCCGAGUUCGCAUCGAUACCCCCUCUCAGUGCAAUCACCUCGAUCGCUGGCUCCGGUUGCACAUGCGGGUUCGAUUGCGCCUGCCCCGGAUGUGUGGAGCACCGAGGGGAACAGCAUGCUUCGCGAGACCACAAGGACUGCAAGGACGGUUGUGGCUACUGCAUCGAUCCAUCAGAGGGUGUCGAACUUCCUGCCGGGUUGGACGGGCAGGCCUUUACCGGAGGCUCGGUAACCAGAGUGUCGCCGGCGGGAAAGAGCAUGAUCGACCAGUUUCUCGCGCGAGCGGCGGCUCUGCCGAGUCCGCCAGCGAGCCGCAAAAUGAGCAUGAACAUGGACCCGAUGAAUGUGAUGGUGUAUCCGAGCUCGGUGUUCACGGGGAACGAUGAUCGGCACGGUGCAGCGUAUGGGCUUGUGAGAAUUCCAAGACUGGAGUGCUGUUCUGGAAACUGUGGCUGUCCUGAGGGAAGGUGUGGAUGUCGAGAAGAGUGUGGUGGAUGUUGCAGCAGUGGGCACGCCCAUGGUUCUCCCUCGACACCAAUGAUGUCGUAAGGUUUACUAAGAAAGUGUUCGACUCAUAUAUAACCCAGGUGUAUUCUUGAGCUCGGUUCAUUGCUCCUCUCUCUCUAUCUUGAUAUCUUCUUUCUUGCGCUGUUUUGGGCUUUUGGUUGCGGAACUCUCAUGUAAUUGGCUUGAGUGCACUACUGUACUUUUAUCUUCUCUCAAAUUUAGCUGCCCAACAGCAUUGUUGGCCGAUUUAGCUCAUGUUGGUGUUUAUAACGCUCGCACUUUGUGAGCAACGAUGAGCAUGUUCACGAAUAGUACUGUUGCGUCUGUCGAGACAAACCAG